AUGAACAUCGAGUAUGUAGAGGGAAAGGAUGCCGAUGAACUUAUCAAGAAAAUUGAUAAUAAUUACAAGGAAUGUAAUAAGUAUGAUGCAUACAUUGAGGAAGAAAAGGAGGAAGAAGAAGAGGAAGAAGAACUUGACGUCAUUUUUCAGAUAAAUGAAAAAAAUAAAACACAAAAGAACCAUAAAGCUACUAUUACAAAAAGUAGUCAAAAUAAUAAUAUUAAUAAGAAAGAAACUAAUCUAGGAAUAGACAACAUUAAGAAUAUUAUUUUAAAAAAAAAAUUAGCUCAUAAUGAUAAAAAUAAAAGAUGUGGAAAUUUUCAAAAAGGAAAUAACAGGAAUAUGUUCAUUAAUCUAAGUGUUAGGAAGAAAAGGAUAGUAGAAAGCAGCGACGAAUCCGAUGAAAAUGAAACAUCAAUAACAAAAAAAGUUGACUAUGUAAAGAAAAGAAAGAACCAAAGAAAGUGA